AUGACGUCAAGCAGCCCCCCGACUUUGUUGAUGUCUACGCCCGCACACCGACCCGCUCUUCCACUUCGACCCUCCCAUCACUCCUCACCCUCACCCUCCUCAUCCUCACCCUCAUCCUCGGACUGCCGGCUGGUGGACGUGCAGGGCGCCAGCGUGGCGUCGUUCACGGUGGACGGCGCGGAGCUGAUCUGCCUCCCGCAGGUGUUCGAGCUGUUCCUGAAGCACCUGGUGGGCGGGCUGCACACCGUCUACACCAAGCUGAAGCGGCUGGACAUCCGGCCCGCCGUGUGCACGGUGGAGCAGGUGCGGGCGCUGCGCGGCCUCGGGGCCAUCCAGCCCGGGGUGAACCGCUGCAAACUCAUCCGCAGGGCCGACUUCCACACGCUGUACGAGGACUGCGCCACCGCCAGCUCUCGUCCAGGUCGUCCUCCUAAGAGAACGCUGGGGGUGACCAACCUGACCGAUGGCUCCAGGCUUCUCCCACACAGUCUGCUUAGCCCUGCCCUACUUCCUCAGACAGGUCUGACAGCGGCAGUGGCCAUGGCUGAGGCUCUGAAGCUGCAGAAAAUGAGGAUGAGGAUGCAUUUCCAUGGCAGCAGCAACACUCAGCAGCAGUCGGAGACGGAGAACGAUGAUGCAGGUUUGUCUGAUCUUCCUUUUAUGGUAAUGUCACACCCACUUCUUCCUGUGGGCCUGCCCCCCGCCAGCGUUGCCAUGGCAAUGGACCAGAUGAGUCAACUGAGAAGCUUGGCCAACAUGGCCGCCACGCCACAGACAGAAGAGACCAAGGACUCCGUCACAAGAAACCCCGCUCCCAGCGAAGGUGGAUUCCACCCUCAGCAACGAACCAACCAAUCAUCUUGUAGAGAGUCCUCAUGCUCCUCCUCCUCAUCACCUGCUCCAGAACACACACAAGAACUGGAUGGUGAGAGACCCGAGCCAGACGACAGGGAUAAAAACAAUGAAGAUGACUGUAUUUUGCCCCUCCCACUCCUCAAACUGACCAAUGACAAGCUACCUAGCAGGUGUCAAUCACCCUCGGUCAACAAUACAAAUACAACGUUCGCUCCGGUGCUUCUGGCUGAGGGACUGUCGUCCAUGGAAACACUUCUGACCAACGUACAGAGUCUCCUGAAGGUAGCGAUGGAUUGCACUCGUUCCCAGAACAAACAGAAGCAGCUGGAGAGGGCUGAGUUGAAACUAGAGUUGGACCAAGAACGAGAUGUCCGACAGACACUUCAAAGACAGCUGAGCAGCGAGUUGCAGACGCGAGCGUUGAUGCAGAGGAGGCUGAAGAAGGAGAAGAGGGCUAAGAGGAGGCUGCAGGAGGCCCUGGACUUCGAGUCGAGGAGGAGAGAGGAGGUGGAGCAAACGCUUGAACUGUCUGAGUCCUUCACAGGUGUAAAAAAAGCAUGUUUGUUUUCAGAUGCAGUGACUCCUGAGAGGAAACAAGAAAACCAUCAGCGGGAAAACACUGGAGCUCACGGAAACCAAGCGUUCAUCAAACCUCUUCUCUUCUGAGGACUCAUCUGAAGGACGGAGGGAUGAGGAGGAGACGAAUAGAAGGAUCAAGCAAACACAAAGGACUCAAACUCCCACCAGCACCUGUUCUCAGUCUGUUCCUUCCUCCUCUGUUCAGAUUUUACAUUUCUCCCUGAUCAGCUUACAGGCCCCGGCCUCUUCUGAAACUACACCUGGCAGAGCCACACGUGAACCCUGAUGGAUGUGUCUUUGACCUGUACUCACUGGAAGCCUUUUUAUUCAAGCGGUUCUGCCUAGAGAAAUGUGGAGAGAACCAGAAGCCCUUGACGUUCAGUCAGGAGUGAUUGGGGUCGGGGGAGGGUCUCAUGUCAUGUGACUGAUGCGGAUCAUGACUCUGACCAAAGAUAUAUAUUAUAAAGGCUAGAUGACUCACCUGCGCCGCUGGCCAAUGGAGUCGAACGUCCGCACUUGUCAGUCAGAUCGAUCACUGCUGACAUUGUUUUAGUGGUGCACAAACUUUUUAAAUAGGGGUGUAACAAUAUAUCGUGCCACGAAAUUUCGCGAUACAAAAACGUCACAAUACGUGUCGUGGAGGUGACAAACUGUAUCGCAAUAUUGGGUUAUUAAUAUUAAUCUAUUGUGUUGACUAGGAACGCACAUCCGACCGCCCCUCGACCCGCGGACCAAAAUCUUACUC